CGAACUCAGUCUGGUUCUGGAUGCAGCCGAGAUUAGAUCUUCUGAUCGAUCGCAGUUUACCUUACCGGUUAUAAUCUUUCCACACGCGAAGACGAGCUGAAAAAAAAAACGAUGAAGACAUUCGGUGUGAUCAUCUUGCUGGUUUGUUGUGCCAUUGGUGGCUCCUUGGCUGCCGAAGCUGUGCUUCAAAAUGCUGAACAUCCAGAUUACCCUGGAAAGUGUUACGACGAGGGUACCCAAACCGUUGUUGCUCCCCUGGAGUCGGCGAAACUUCCCAAGAGUUGCACCAAAGUGUUUUGCUCUACAAAUCUCUCGCUGACCUACACAACUUGCGGUUCCGUGCUCGUGAACGAUCCUCACUGCGUGAAGAUCGAGCAAGAUCUUACCAAGGAUUUUCCCGAGUGUUGCCACAAAUACAAGUGUGAACUGGAGGGUGUUGUUACUUAUCAUUAGAUCAGAUUUUACUUUUGUUUGUCUACAUUAUGAAUCAACCUAGCGAUCCUAAUAAAAAAAAAGUAUAUUGAGAACUGUGGUGUCAAACUGGUCGCUAUGAAGAACUGCAUGGAUGCUGGUCAAGACAUGAGUCUUCCCUACCCGGAUUGCUGCAAAAGGUACAAGUGCAAGAUGGAUGGAAAAGUGUUUUACCUGUAAUACGAUUAAUGAAGGAAGAAAAUAAAUUACAUCCAAUUAA